CACAGCAGUAGCAGCUGCUAUCAAAUGAGACAAAAAAGGAAAGAAUGGAUUACGAGGAAACGGGAAGAAGCUGAAAGGGAGAGAGAGACAGAGAGCUGCGGCAGGAGAGGAAGAGAGGGUCGGGCCAGCACCGGUGGGACUCGCCGUCGCCGCCGAGCAGCUCGCCGCUCGCCGCCAUCGUCGCUGGUAUGAUGCGGAGGAGGGAGCCAGAGGAGAAGAAGGACGACGCCAUUCCUCAUUGUGACCGAAGCCCGCCACCGUCGCAUCGUGGUCGUCCAGCUGCUGUUGCUGUUGCGAGGGAGAGGACCGCCUGAGGAGGGGAAGUUGCUGCUACCGAAGACGCGUGCUGGAGGAGCUGCGUCCUGUCGCCGCCAUCGCGCUAGUCAUCCCCACUGCCAUAAAUGGGGUCAUUGCCAUCGCCCUGAAUUCUGGCGUCGUACACAUCAUCGCCGGAGGGCCAGAACGUGAUGGAGGGGAGAAGCCGGCUCCGCCACUGCCUUUCACUGCUGCUGAUGUCCUGCUGCCGCCGUGCCGUUCAGAAGAAGGCCGUCUAGUCACAGAGUGAGAGAGAGAGAGAGAAAGCAUGGGAGCAGAGGAGAGAGAGGGGAGACCUGCGCCGUUUCUGCUGCUUCUGCCACUCGAAAUCCUGCUACCGUUGCUGGAAAAUUCUGUCGGUCAAUGCUGCCGCUUGAGGUGGCUGCUGGGCUGCCGCCGAACUAGUUUGGAGACCGGAGCUGUUUUACUUCAGCUGUUCUUUCUUCAUUUCGAGUCGUUGUGGUUGCUGAAAAAACAGUUUGGAGCUAAAGUUACGGCUGCUUUGCUUUGUUAUUUCACAUUUGCGAUGUUUUUAGGAGUUAGAAUCCGAAUUUACUUAUGGCGUUUGAAGCUGUUUCUGCUUUUGAGAGAGCAAGUAGAGCCGAGGUUUUGGUUGCCGUGAAUUCGGGUUGAGGCAAAAAGAGCUCUCUGAGGCGUUUGGGCUGUUGUUUUGCGUAUUGAGGUAGAGGACUUUUAGAAAAACAUAUUUUAUAUACUGGAAUUUUUAUAUAUGGAUAUUAUGUGGUAAAAUUAUAGCCUUGAGUGAUUGUAUAAGUCUUAUGUGAUGUUAAUUAUCUUGGAUGGAUAUAAUUAUAUGUUUGAAUGGAUUAUUGUUUGAUUUUGAUGAAUGGAUUGUUGCUGACUGUUCUUUAAAGCUUUGGAAAUGAGUUUAAUCGGUUGAUAAUGGUUUGAUCUUGAAACGGUUUCCUUGAGAUAUGAAAAUGAGGUGAUUGUUGAAUUUAGCUUGCUUUUGAAUUGAUUUUGGGUUUUGAACCGUUGAAAAGGAUUGUGGUAUGGUUUAGUUGAGACCCGAACCGGGUGGCAAAGUCCAAGUUUUAGAGGAGAUGCUGACGAAAUUUCUAUAAAAAUCCUAGACUUUGUUUGAAAGGUU